AUGGACGAGCGAAUCAAAGGGCUGAAAGCCCAAACGCCUGAAGACAUAGCAAGAGAAUUCACUGUGUCAAUAGUGAAGACCCCUUUCACAGAUGAGAUAGAACAGGUCGCAAGACCCAAGAAAUUCACAAUGCUAAAGUUCAUCAAAUUCAAUAGGACUAGAGAUCCCCUCCAACACUUGAACCACUAUACUCAGGAAAUGACACUAGAGGCGCACAACGAUCUAUUCAUGUGCAAAAUAUUUCCAUCCAGUCUGACGGGAGUGGCACCAGAAUGGUUCAAGAAUUGCCCGUGCAAGUCAAUCCCAAACUUCGAGUCACUGUGCGUUGCGUUCUUAGCCAGUACUGUGGAAAUAAGAAGCAGGAAAAAAAAAAAAACCAUUGCCAGUCUCUUUACGAUUCGACAAAUGAAGGGAGAAGGCCUGCAAACCUUCCUCACCCGAUUCAACAUGGAGUCUUCGGGCAUUCCAGAUUGUAAUCAAAACACAGCCAUAGAAGCAUUUAAGAUAGCUAUGGUGCAAGGCUCACAUUUCCACUCUUUUUUGGUGAAGAAGACCCCAACUAACAUGUCAGAGUUGAAUUCGCGGGCACAAAACUACAUCAGACUCAAAGAAAACAAAGUAACUAGACAGCAGAGAGUGACCCUGGUUACAGUGGAAAACCGACCGAAGGAACGAUCGAACACCUCGAGGGUCUAUCGGGAACCCCCGGCCAUUGAGGGACGAGCCCCUAAGAAGAACUCCCGAAUGGUUGAAAGAAUCAUACCUCUCAAAGUAACGCUGGCCAGACUAAACCAAGAGACCAAGGCAAGAAACAUCUUCCAGAUCCCACCACCAAUCAGACAGCCAAUGGAACAGAGAGACCAAAGACAACAAAGGCAGCAAGAUCGAACCCGGGUAAUUCCAAAGGCCACGGUAGAAAACCAUCAUAUCCGAGUAAUCAACACAAUUCAUGGUUGUCCGGAGGAGGACGAGCAAUCCGGAAAUUCCUACAAGAUCCAACUCAAACAAGCCCAUAAGCUGCGGAAGAUUGGUGAAAUCAAUGUAGUUGACUACAAACCCAAUCCAGCACAAGUUUCUUUUCAUAAAGGAGAUCUUAGAAGGGUACAACACCCGCACGAAAACCCAUUAGUAGUUAGCCUACUAAUGGUCAAUUGCCUGGUCAGACGAGUACUGAUUGAUGCUGGCAGUAGUGCCAAUAUCAUAACAAAGUGGACGUUCGAUCAGUUAAAAUUGGCCACAAAUAAGAUUCGCCCCACUAGAAGCCCUUUGGUAGGAUUCGAUGGAAGAAUAGUGGAGCCUAUAGGUGUAAUCACACUGUCAGUCACUGCUGCUAAAAGAUUUCUGAAAGAGAACUUCGUGAUUAUGGAUAUUCAUCCUACGUACAAUUUGCUAAUGGGCCGAGGAUGGAUCCACCGCAUGGAAGGAGUCCCAUCAACCCUGUACCAAGUCAUGAGAUACGUGAGCCCGAACGAUCAGGAGGUCAUCGAUAUCUGGGGGGACCAAGUAACAGCAAAGAAGUACUACCACAUGACGAUUUAUCCCUCUGAUAAGGGCAACCAGAAGAAGAACAUCUUACCGAGGAACCCUAAAAGCCAUGCAGAUAGUCACAGGGGACGAGUAAAAGUUAAAUUACAUAAGGACUCUCCAGUCAAUUCAGGAAAAGGAGGAGCUGACAGAAAUCCUGAGGCGGAAUGCUGA